AUGAUGCCAUCCGCGUGCUCGUCAGUCUGGGUGCCGAUCGCACUGACGGCCCGCGCGCCCACCGGUGCGUGCGCGGCGGCACUCGGAGCCUGCGGCCAACCCUCCACCCCGCGCUUGCUGUCCUCGUCCUCACUGGCGAGGCCGCCGACCGAACCGCGGCUGCAUCGACGUCGACGCCGUCCUCGGGGCGCUGAGGGUCGAGGCGCUGCGGCGCGCGAGCGGGGCCAUGCCGCCCGCACGGCGGGGCAGCGGCCCGAGUGCCGGAAGAGGUCCCCAUCGCUGCGGGCGCUCGUGAGGCUGGGCUUCACGUCCAUCACCUCGAGGAAGCCGUUCUUGACGACCAGCCUGUGUGCCGCGGCCCCGCGCCUCGUCACCGCCAGGGCGUCUCCCGCGCCGGACGUCUCCAGGGCUGCCCCGCUGAGCAUUCUGGGGGCAGCUCUUGCAGUACAGUCGAGGCGUUGA